UGGAACAGCUGAUUGGCCGACUUAUAAAUAGUCUUUAAAUCAUUUUUCAUCAUGACGCGCGAAUCCUCUGAAAACGAACGUCUAUUUGAACACUUGUCUGAUUUGGUACAGCUCUGUAUGCUGCCCGACCUGAAGGAGGAUCUGGAUUGCGUUCAAUUGCAGCCAUCGCAUUUUGAUUCUCAUCAUAAUGUUUUGAACCAAGAACUUCCCAAACUCUACGAUCUUGUUCAGAGUUUUCUACAUAAAGAUGAUAAAGAUAGUCGACAUCAAGAACUUCGGGCCCAAUUAGUGUUGCUGCUCUGUGAGUUGACGGCAAGCCCAACAGUUUACCAAUUUAAACUGGGACCUGAAUCUUUGAUACAAAAUGCACUUGAAUUGCUUGAAAGGGUGACUACAUCGUGUCAGGGGCCCGUGGAUGCGCAUAUUUUCAAAUACUAUGAGGAGAAGCUACACAAGAAAAGCUGGAAGCGACACAUUGGAGCGGUCCAUGGAUUUGCUGAGUACCUACAGUUACGCUAUGCUGGAGAUAUCAAAAUGUCUGCACAGAUGCUAGCCUUCAGUCUAUCUGUGGGUCUCAAUGUGCGCGAAUGCUAUGAUGCGGUUUAUAAGCAAUUGGGAGCCCGAAUAUUUUCGCUAAUGCUGAAACAAAGUAACCCCAAGGAUAUUCAAGAAAUGAAUGUGCACAGCGUUAUCUACGAUCAAGUAUUCAAAGAUGCCUACAACACGACUGAAUCCGUUGAGGCCACAACUGCCACUUGGACAUGCCUUUAUUUAUGCUUAGAUCACUAUACAGACAUGGAUCGCUUUGCAUGGAACCAGUGCGAUGAUAUGCUGGACCGUCUAAUACAUAAUGUGAGCAUCUCAUCCCACGUAACAAACUCAAUUUGUUUGUUACGGUUUAUUACCAAGUUGGGCUACUACUUUACAAUAAACCGUAAUGAAAUUGAUUCCCUUUUGGCCAUGGAUCUAACACAACCAGAUAAGAUGCUAUUCUGCCGCGAAGCUUGCAAUUCUCUGAAUGCUUGCACCAGCUUCCGUUGGUCAAAGAGAAUCCUGCAAAUGCUUGUUUUGGAGUCGGAUAAACUGCUGCAAAGUGUUGAUGCAUGCACCAAGUUAUUGAAUGAGAUGUUGCGUUGUUACUUGGUGUGCAUUCUGCCCAUACCAUUGCAAGCUCUACACCAUCACUUGCCAGAGUUCUACACUAAAUUUGUGGCCAUUCUUCUGGAGUGCUUGGUAGUCCACGAAAGAAACAUAUCUGUGGCUCAGCCAGUGCUGCAAUUUAUAGAAAUUUUGCAAUUUCAAUUAGAUUCAUCUGCUUCCCAAAAAUUACCUACCGACUUGCAGGAAUAUACGAAUGCCCUGCAAAGUCUAAAGCUUUUGAUGGCCCAAUAGAUCACUAUUUUACUUUAAUUUUGGUCUGUAAUUGACGUUACCUUGCAAGUAAAGUUGAGAAAAAGUUCAUUUCUAGUUGUAAAAUAGUAGGUUUGUUGUUUAUCGUAAUAUAACAUUUAAUUGUAGUCUAUUGUAAGAUCCGUUAAUUAAAAUAUAAAAUAAGUAAUUAA